AUGGGAGGAGGAAAAGCUAUGGCGACGGCAGCGAAGGUGGCUGGAAUCGGAGUCUCGAAAGGAGGAUUGAGGGAUGGAUUCGGGUUUGCGGCGGCGGCGCCUUCUCCGGCGAGUGAGCAGUUUAUGGUCAAAAACACCGUCGUGCCUAAGCCGGUUACGGCUUCGAUUUCAUCGGUGGCUCAUCCUUCCGCCGAAGAAGACUUGGUGAUUAUGCAUAGGCCGGUUUGA